UUUUNUUUUUUUUUGUGAUAACUAUUCUGAUGAAUAUUUCACAUAUCAAAUAAUUAUAUUUUCCAAAUAUUCUCAUUAAUAAAUUUUAGUUUUAAUUAUGAGAAAUAAAUUAUAGUUAAAGAUAAUUACAUAGGUUUUUAUCAAACAAAAACAGAAUUAUCAUUCUAUUUAAUCAGUUAGGGAAAAACAAAACUCUACAAAUUAGAGGAAGGGUUAUAUAUAAAUACGAGCUUAUACACUGCGUUAAUCUGCAAAUAUUUUUGAUAAACAGAAAGCAAAAGUUUGGUUCUCUGUUUCUUCUCUUUCGUUUUUACUACAGGAAACAUGGCUCAAGCGUGUCACUCAUGUAAACAUUCAACAGACGUGAUCCAUUGUGUAACAGAAUCUCUCAACUUCUGUCUUACAUGUGACUACCUGCGCCAUUGUAAUAACUUGCAUGAGGAACAUGUACGUUACCAAAUCUGCGAUAACUGCAAGAGGAAUCCAGCUUUACUCCUAUGCUGUGACGAUGAGAUGGCUCUUUGCCAAUCUUGUUAUUCACGCUAUUUCAAGUGCACCACUCUCCGCCACCACAUUCAAAUCCUCAGUUGCUUUCCUCCUCCACAUCAUAACACCACUAAUCAGCAUCAUGAGCAUGCGCAUAUGCCUCAUGUGGUUCAACAUAGCAAUCAUGAGCACGAGCAUGUGGCUGGUCUUGGUCACCAGCACCAGAGAAGAGCAGGGAUGUUUGAGAUGAGCUGCAACGGGAACACUAAUUGUGAGAGAUGGAUGUUUGCGAUGAGAUGUGAAUCAUGCUUAGCUUCAGACGCUGUUGUUUACUGUCGUGGACACGACAAGCUUAUGUGCCAUAAUUGCGACCGGGUGUUUCACCUUCACGAAGCAGUGCCGCCGCAUCUGAGGUGUAUGCUUUGCGGAAACUGCAAGAGACCUUCUCGCUAUUUUCUCAUCGGAGCAGCUGGUCAUCAGUUUACUUUCCCACCGACGGUUCAUCCUCCGGCGGCCGAGGAGGUUUCAGCGUCGCCGUCCACAGGACUUAAUCAACAAGAUGAUGUUUUAAUACGUGAUGACUUUUUUCGAGAUAAUGAAUAUCCACAAGAUAUAUAUGAUUUUUCUUGGUUUGGUGGAUAAGAUAGUACUCGUUCUUUAUUAGUAAUUUAGUAUUAAUAUUCUAGGUGUAUUAUUGCUUUUGGAUUUGAAAUAAAA